GCCUGGUGGACCAAUGGAGAAAGCAGGCAACGCGAGCGAGACCCGGACGCCCUCCCCGAUAUACCGUAGGGAUGGCCGUGCCCUGGGGGUCGUCUUCGAGCACCUCAAUGUCCUCGGAGUGGCUGCCGGGGUCGAUGGCAUUACGACCCUCCCGGCCAUUAUCAGUACGAUCCUGCAAUGGCCCGUUAAAGCCAUCCGUCAAGUCACCGACAACCAGGCGACACCGACCACCAAGAUCCUCCACGAUGCCAGCGGGGUUAUCUUCCCUGGAGAGUCCAUGUUGGUGCUGGGGCGACCCGGAGCCGGCUGCACAACCCUCUUGAAGACACUGGCCAACAACCAUGGGUCGUUCGUCGAGGUGCACGGACAACUGGGCUAUGCUGGCCUCUCGAGUGGGGAGAUGGCCGGACAAUAUCGAUCGGAGACGGUCUACUCGAGCGAGGAAGACUUCCAUUUCCCCACCCUGUCCGUCCAAAACACCAUGGGGUUCGCCCUGGAGCUGCGCAAGCCGGCCAACGAGACCCGGUCCGACGCCGAGUUCACCCGGGACAUGACGGAGGCGUCGCUCCAAGCUGUCGGCCUCUCCCAUACGGCCAACACAAUUGUCGGAAACUCGUUUGUUCGCGGGGUGUCGGGAGGAGAGCGCAAGCGCGUCACCUUGGUCGAAGCCCUGUCCGUCAAUCCAGUGAUGGCGUCCUGGGAUAAUCCGACUCGCGGCCUGGAUAGCUCCUCUGCCACGGAAUUUGUGCAGCUGAUCUCCUCCUUGGCCAAGGAGACGGGUAUGAGUAAUGCUGUAACCAUGUAUCAAGUCUCCGAAAACAUCUAUAGCUGCUUUGACCGGGUCACGGUGCUCUACAGUGGGCGGAUGAUCUUCUGUGGCAAGACUGCUCAGGCCAAAGAGUACUUCAUCCAACUGGGCUUCGAGUGUCGCGACCGCCAGACGACUCCCGACUUUUUGACCGCAGUCACUUCCCCAGCGGAGCGUCUGAUCCGGAAGGAUGCCGUGGGGGUGGUCCCCACUGACCCGGAUGGUCUGGCACAAGCGUUUCGAGAGAGCCAGGAGUACCGACAGCUCCAGGAGGACAUCCAACGAUAUCGCACCGAGGUGGCCACCGAUGUCCAACUGAUACAACGUUUCCGAGACAAUGUGCAAGAGAUCCGCUCACGCUGGGUUCCUAGACAAGCCAUUGCGCCCAACACUCUCUGCAAGCAAAUCCGGAUUGCUAUCUGUCGGUACUACCAGUUACUCUGGGGGGACAAGCGCACCUUGUUGACCCUAAUGAUCUUUGUCAUCCUGAAUGCGGUGCUCAAUGGGCCUGCCUACUAUAUGGCUCCGAAGAACGUGACGGGAUCGUAUGAAAAGAGCAGCGCCCUGUUCUUUGCCCUGAUCUACUUUUUCUUAAACGCGAUGACCGAGGCGAUCUCGACGGUCAAGUCUCGCAAUAUUCUUCUGAAGCAGGUUCAAUAUGGGUUCAUCCACCCGAGCGCGUUCGUCAUCGCGCAGACCAUUGCGGAUAUUCCGAUCGCCUUCGUCCAGUGCCUUGUCUUUUCCUGCCUCUACUACUUUACUAUUGAUCUUCAACGGACUGCUUCUGCUUUCUGGAUCUUUGUUUUGAUUGUUUUCACCCAUUACGCGACCGUCCAGAGCCUGUUCCGGAUGCUGGGUGCUUGGGUCCCCAACAUCUCCCUGGCCCUGUUGAUGGCCGGCAGCGCCUGCCCCGUCGGCUUGCUGUAUUCCGGCUUUGGUCCGCCACGGCCCACCCAGCACCGAUGGGGUUCCUGGCUGCGUCGAGCCUCCCCGUCACCGUAUGCGCUGGAGGCACUGAUGGGGAAUGAGUUCGCCGGCAUUGCCCUCACCUGUUCGGAUAGCGAGAUGGUCCCCUCAGGUUCCCUGUAUACGCAGCUUCAAUAUCAAACAUGUAGCAUCCCCGGCAGUGAGAAGGGCCAUCAGUCCGUGGCGGGUUCGGUGUACCUCGCCGAGCAUUUCAGUUACACGCGGAGUCAUCUAUGGCGCAAUUUUGGCAUCAUCCUGGUCUUCUGGUUCCUCUAUACGGUCUUGGGCAGCAUCGGGCUCACCCUCAUGACUCGCGAAACGGGUGGGUCUCACAGUCGCACUUUUAAGCGCUCCAAGGGUCGUGAUGAGGAGAGCCAGCCCAAGUCUGCCCCGGCCUCCUCGGCCUCAUCCUCGACGCGGACCGUGUCCGCAGCUUCGGAGUCGGGGUCCACCGAGACCAACAGCGUCGGCGGCGCGGGAACAUUUACGUUUGAGGAUAUCAGCUACUAUGUCACGGUGGACGGUCAAGAAAAACAAUUGCUGCGCAGCGUGAGCGGAUACGCUCGCCCCGGGCAACUUACAGCUCUCAUGGGUGCCUCGGGGGCUGGAAAGACCACGCUCCUGGACACACUUGCCCAGCGCAAAUCUACCGGAAGGAUCGAAGGGACGCUACACUUGGAUGGUGCCCCCCUGGGUCAGACCUUUGCGCGUUCCUGUGGCUUUGUAAUGCAACAAGACGUGCACGAGCCCAAUGCCACGGUUCGGGAAGCCUUGGAGUUUUCGGCGCUUCUGCGCCAACCGGCUCAUACCCCGGACGAGGAGAAGCUGGCUUACGUGGACUAUAUCAUACACCUGCUGGAUCUCGAGGACAUCGCCGAGGCCCUGAUUGGGAAGCCGGGAGAUGGGCAGCUCAAUGUUGAGGAGCGCAAGCGGGUGACCAUCGGAGUCGAGCUGGCCGCCCGGCCCAGCGCGCUCUUGUUCCUCGAUGAGCCCACGUCCGGUCUAGACAGUCAAGCUGCGUUUGCGUUGGUCGAGUUUCUGCGUCGAAUCGCCGCAGAGGGAAUUCCGGUGGUGUGCACCAUCCAUCAGCCUUCGGGGGUGCUCUUCGAGAUGUUUGACCACGUCUUGCUUCUGGCUCCUGGGGGUCAGACGGUGUACUUUGGGGAGACAGGUGACAAGUCUUCCCAGGUGGUCGCCUAUUUCGGUCAGUACGGCGCUAUCAUCGACAGUCAGGCGAACCCGGCUGAGUUUAUCCUGUCCACCGUCACCUCCAAGGAGGCAGGGCCUCAGGACUGGCCGGCCAUCUGGCGCGAAUCUGCCGAGCGAAAAGCCUUGGAGGCAACCAUCCGGCAGCUGAAUACCCGCACCACAUCUGGCCGAGGAGACCUCAACACCGGGGCCCAAUAUGCCCUGCCUCUGGGGGCUCAGAUUCUGGCCGUCACCCGCCGCCAUUGGCUGUCUGUCUGGCGCGACGGCAUGUACACCUUCAGCAAAGUGGCCAAAUCCCUGUUUGUGGACAUGUUCAUCGCCUUCAGUUUCUUCAGAACUGGGUCCUCGGUACAAGGCAUCCAGAACCAUAUGCUCGCCAUUCUGCUCCUCUCGUGGAUCAUCCCGACCACCUGCGCCGACCUGCAAGACAUGUGGUUCCGCAAGUGGGCCAUCUUCAGCGCGCGCGAGAAGAACGGUAUCUACGACUGGAAGGCUUUGCUCACGGCCUUGGUGGCCGUUGAGCUUCCCUGGCAACUCGGAACGUACACGCUGAUCUUCUUGGCCUCGUACUGGACCGUCGGCUUUCCCAAUGUCUCGACUAUCUCGGGGCUCAACUACUUCAUGUGGCUGCUCCUCGCCAUCUUCGGAACCGGGUACUCGCAGCUCCUCGCGGCCCUGUUCCCCAAUGAAACCAUGGGUGGUUACGCCAACUCUCUCUUCUGGGUUAUCUUGAUGAUCGGCUCCGGAGUCCUCACGCCCCACGCCUACAUGAAUGACUUUUACCGCCCCUGGCUGUUCUGGGUCGAUCCGAUGCGGUACUUCUUUGGGGCUACCGUUGGGACUGUCCUACAUGACCUCCCGGUCGUGUGUCGCCCGAGUGAGCUCGUCUCGUUUGAUCCGCCCCCGGGCCAGACUUGUGGCCAGUAUGCCAUGGCGUUUUUGGAGAGUAGUGUUGGUUACCUGGUGAAUGGCAACGCGACGGCGAAUUGUGAGUACUGUGCGUACUCGGUUGGGGAUGAGUAUUCCGAUACUUUGCAAUUCUCGUAUGGUCAGCGGUGGUGGAACUGGGCUGUGUUCUUGGGGUUUUGCUGCACUAAUAUCAUCUUGUUGUUUGGGAUCGUGUGGUUCACCAUGGGGAGGGGACAACGGCGUGUUUGAUUGAACAGAGAUAGUUGCUGGGGGAUCUUCUAGCGGGGUCUUUUUUGUUUCGGGAUUAUACAUUUAGACUAGACUGCUUAAGAUAAACCGUGCAUAGAGCAAAAUUAUAGAGAGGUGG